AUGGCCACUGAGAAGGUACUCACCAAGGGCGAUGCUGAUGCCAUCGCGGUUGUCGCGCUCGAAUUGCCCUCAGACAACGCAUCUGGCAGCAAUGUCGAAAAGGCGGGCCCAGAAUCCAGGAGGCCGAUGGCGACUAAGCGUGCUCUGAUUGCUUGGCUUGUGUUGUGCUUCUCAACGGGUCCGACUGCUGGAAUGGCUUUUCGAUACGUUCCUGCUGUUCUUCAGUCUGCCGCCAAUGUUCUUGGACAUAUUCCCGGUACAAACAAGCCAUGUGCAAAGCGUGGUGUAAUCCGUUGCGUGGUUCCAUUUGGCACAGGUGAGGUAGACUACAACAGUUACAUAGCAUCUGAGGGAGUGGUAUGCAUCUUCAUUUCUGGAGUCGCGGACUUUACGCAUAAUCGCAAGAAUCUUCUCAUCCUCGGAAUUGUGCUUUUUGGAACCUUUGCGCUGCCGUUUGCGUCCAUGACUAGCAAAACUUACCGAAACCUCGUGUCAGGCUCAAUCCUGUGGGUUUUCAUGACUACCGUACAAGGUAUAUACGGCACGCUCUCCUCUUCAUAUAUCCCGCUCUUCAUGCGCGAAGCAGGAUGGAUCCAGGCUCGAACGAGAAUCGGUCAAGAUGGUCGACUGGUAGUAACCGAGGAAGAGCGUGCCACUAAAGAGCUUUUCAAUCGUGGUACUAUGGUCAGUGUGCUGGGCUUGCUCUCAGGCAAUGUUGGGUCAAUUCUUGGCCAAGGGAUUGAGUUGCUCAAAUCUAUUCCCAAGUACCCAGAAGCCUUCAAGUUGUGUGUCGGCUGGGUUCUCUGGAAUACAGGUUAUAGUAACUUCAACUCUGUCAUUGGGUUGCUGUUUCGAGAAGUCAGCGGCCUUGGCACUGGUGAUCGUCUGUACACAGUCUAUACCUUUAUGGCUGUCACCACAGCUUCUAUCGGCAGCCUCACCUGGAUGUUUGUCUUCCCUCGCACCAACAUCAAGAUCAAAACCUGGGCAUACUGCUUCCUCGCCAUCAACAUCUUUUGCAUUUUCUGGGGGUGUCUCGGCAUCGGCAAGAACGUGAAGAUCGGCUACAAGUACGUUCCGGAAUUCUGGAUAGAGCAGACACUAUUCUGCAUGACAAGUUCUGCACUCCGGUCUGCCAACAGAGUCAUGUACGCUUCUAUGCUUCCGCGUGGUAGAGAAGCGCACUUCUUCGGUCUAGAGUUGACUCUCGAUCUUGCGACUGGAUGGGUCAACCCAUUGGUGCAGUCAGUCAUCCAAGACAAGACACAUAAUCUGCGUUACCCAAUGCUACCGAACUUUUUCCUCCUGGUCGCUGCGCUGGGCUUUUACAUCUGGUGCGACCUCGAGAAGGGUGUCAAAGACUCACUCAAGGAAUUUGAUGAUGCUGCGCCGGCUGUAGAUGAUGGAACUUAA